UUGAGUUUAAACUAAAGUUUUAUGAUGUUUACCCUUUUGUUUUAUAUAUCUAGACAUGACUAAGACCGGUAAACCUGACUCGUACUGGCAUGACAUCAUGGUAAAGUAUGCCCAGGGGAAAUACCACUUUACCACAGGCAAGAAGCCAGGGGCGAAGAAGUGGAAAAAUGUGUUGGAAAAAAUUAAUAACUGCCCAUUACACAAACAUACCCAUGCAUAUGAUAUCUUUGGCAAAAGAAUCCCCUGCAAAUGUGGUUUUCAUAAGGUAUGUAAUGAUAAGGUAUAUGAUGAAAAGGAAUGUGAUGAUAAGGUAUGUGAUGAUAAAUGUGAAAAACUCGCCAACACUAGGGUGAAAUGUUCAUUUUUUGAGCUGUGAAGCCUUGGGAUAAUUUACCCCAAAAUUUAAAUUCUCUCAUGAUUUACUAACUCUGUAGUUAUUCCAAACCUGUAUAAACUUAUUUGAUUGGUUGAAAACAGAGAAAGAUAUUUGGACACACAGACUAAUACAGAUUAUGAACAACUCUAAAUUAAGUAUAUUAUGACAAUAUUGUUAUACUAUCCCUUUUCUUAUGUUCAUCAAUUCUGCAUUUGUUUUAUCCAUUUUAUUUAUUUAUUUGAUAUUUAAGAGAUGAAUUAUUUUAUCCAGCAAGAAUGUAAAUUGAUUUACAAAGUGAUAGCAAGGAUGUAGAUGUUUACACUUUUUUUAACAGUCAGCUGAGCAGACAGUUUUAGUGACGCAGGCAGCCCCACAGAGCAGUGAAGCCUCCAGUCAAUCUCCCCAGCCCAGUGCAAGCUUCAGUGCAGGUUUCAGUCAAGCCCCACAGCCCAGUGCAGGCUCCAGACCAGCCCCGCAGCCCAGUGCAGGCUUCAGUGCAGGUUUCAGUCAAGCCCCACAGCCCAGUGCAGGCUUCAGCACCGCCCCGCAGUCCAGUGCAGGCUUCAGUACCGCCCCGCAGCCCAGUGCAGGCUCCAGACCAGCCCCGCAGCCCAGUGCAGGCUUCAGCACCGCCCUGCAGUCCAGUGCAGGCUUCAGUACCGCCCCGCAGCCCAGUUCAGGCUCCAGACCCGCCCCGCAGCCCAGUGCAGGCUUCAGCACCGCCCCGCAGUCCAGUGCAGGCUCAAGACCAGAUAUAUUCCUCUUUUUACAAUAUGAUGCCUCUUUUUGGCAGUUGAGCGUAUAGCAGUGGAGAACUUGUUGGCACAAUCUGGUAGAGGAGACCUACUUUCUCCACUGGAGCCUGGUGAAAUCACUCUGCCAGAGAUGCAGGUUGAAGUUCAGGAGGAUGAGUGUCUGGAUGUCACAAUAUGUGAUGCAGCAGACAUCAGUUUAAACACACGCACUAUUGGCAGUUCCAGCAGUCAUGAUGAUUUAUUGACCUCUUCUCUGGAAACCCCUGUUCCAACUGGUGGCUCUGACAGUCCUGACAUUGAAGACAUGUCCUGCGCUGGGCCCAGCACAUCAUCUCCGGACCUUAGAUGUGAUUCAAGGGGUGUCCCUGGAUGGGAGGCGGUGGAUAACCUGGCAGGGUACCUUAUUAGCCUCAACCGGACUAUCACUGCUUUGUCAACCAACGAGAUAGCAGAGAUCUUGCGGUUGUAUUCGUGUCUGCAUGCCAUUGAUCAGUCCCCUUCCAAGUAUUCCCUUAAGUGCAAGAAAAGGAUCUUGCCAGGUCCUUGGAGAGCUUCCCGAAAGCGUAGUGGCUCAGCCCCUGGUCAGCAAGCAGCUGAGAGACUAUUCAUGACCCAUGGCCAGGCAGCUCAGAGACCUGAUAUCAACAGGAUUUCAGAAUGCAUCGCACUCAAGCUUUUGAAGGAAUUCAGGGAAGCCAGAAACAGACCUAAAGACAAUAAGGGCAAAACCUUUCCAAUUACACAGGCAAUUGUGAUGAUGUAUUGUCACAUCAAGCAGCUGCUUGAAGACUGCCGAGAGCUGCUCGACAAGACCAACCUGGUGCUAGUUACAAUCAACAACACUACAGUGUCAUCUUGGCUUCUUGACCGACAGAAACGAACUGAUCGGGACACCUUACUGCAAGGAGUGGAGCUUCCCCAGCAAAUUGGUAUAGCGAAGGAGCCACUGCCAAAGCCAAGGGAGCUCCCAUCUGGACCUGUUGAACAUGGACAUGUUCCCAUUGAGUUCAAGGAGCCUGAGAAUCGGGAGGGUGAGGCAGUCAUUCGUCAACGUAAAUAUGCACGAAGUGGAACUGCAGUGUCUUCAAAUGCACUCACAGGCACUGGGCUAGGAGACACAUCUCCAUAUGACACAGACUAUUCUCCUGCUGCACAGAAUAAUUUCUUCUGUCCUGAGGCACAGGACUUUCCUGGGUGGAAUACCUGGUCUGAGUGUUCUGAUUGGUCUUUUUCACCCGGGUAUCCGUCAUCAGCUCCACCCCCACCUCAUGGUUGGUCUUCCGUUGUACCCGGGUAUCCAUCAUCAGCUCCACCCCCACCUCAUGGUUGGUCUUCCGUUGUACCUGGGUAUCCAUCAUCAGCUCCACCCCCACCUCAUGGGUGGUCUUCCCUUCCACCCGGGUAUCCAUCAUCGGCUCCACCCCCACCUCAUGGUUGGUCUUCCCUUCCCCCUGGUCAACAGCCAUUAGCUCUGCCACCACCUGAAAACCGACAACGUGCAUGGAGGCUCCACAAGGCAGCACUUGAGGAUGAACAGCGUGUGGCAAGAGGGGAGCCACCAAAGAAAAGGCAAACAAAAGACGACUACCACUAUCAAUGCAAAAUCUGUGGAAAUCAACAGGAACAACACGAAGAGGAGCUGGCCAUGGAAGAAGAGGAGCUGGCCAUGGAAGAAGAGGAGCAGGUCCAGGAGGGAGAGCAAGCGACACAAGAAACCCUCAUUGUGGAUAUGGUUCGUGAGAACAACCUCAUCAGACUCCGAGAGAACAAAGACAAAGUCAUUGCCGAUAAUAUCAACUUUGAGAGCAUUGAUGAUGUCAGCUUGGCCACAAUAGACUGA